UGUUUUAAUUCCCACGUCAGAAACAGAAAUCUUAACAAUUUCUAAAAAAUGUCUGUGUUUUCUGCCAAGAACGACAAAAUGAAAGGAGGCUCCAAGUCAAAUCAACAAAAUCCGAAUGGAGCAACUCGUUUUGAAGAAGUACAUGCCCGGAAUAUAGCUGCUGCAAAGAAAAUAGUGGAAAAAUAUUCCUCUAGUUCCGAUGAAGAGGAAGAGGAGCUUAACGAAUCUAAAAUAUUAGAUUCUCUAUUUAGGCAUUACAAGUCUGACGGCAGCCGAUUAAGUAUUCAACAAGCACUACAACAAAAAACUGCUACCUUCUUUGAAAACGCUUUGCAUUCAGGAUCAGCAACUUGUCUAAUUUGUAUUGGUAGUGUGCGCCGAGCUGAUUCGAUUUGGACCUGUAAACAUUGCUAUUGUUUCUUCCACUUAAACUGUAUACGACGCUGGGCCAAUGAUAGCAUCGCGCAGCAGAAAGCAUCCACUGAACAAACAAGCAAUGAACAGGGUUACUACAAUAAUCUUGGACUAUUCGUACCGCCGAAGCGGAAGCGGCCAUUGCACUGGAGUUGUCCGCAGUGUCGCAAAGAUUACUGUUUGGAGGAAAAACCGGCAACUUAUAAGUGCUUUUGUGGAAAAGAAGAAAAUCCACGCCCCGCAGCAUUUUUAUUACCGCAUUCUUGUGGAGAAAUAUGCGGUAAAAACUUGCAACCAACAUGUGGUCAUACAUGUAUGUUGCUUUGCCAUCCGGGUCCAUGUCCGCCCUGUUCUCAGUAUGCCACAACCAGUUGCUUAUGUGGUCAAUCACAGAAAAAAUCUGUGCGUUGUAUAAAUAAAGAGUGGAAAUGUGAUAGAAAGUGUAAAGAAUUACUUCCAUGUGGCGAACAUCGAUGUAAAGAGUUAUGUCAUAAGCCCAAUCAGUGUCCACCAUGUACGAGUACCAGUUUACAGCCGUGCGAAUGUGGUGCUGAGACGAAGAAACGUAAUUGUUCUGAACUUAAAUGGCAUUGCAAAAAGAUUUGCGGCUCAAAAUAUUCAUGUGGAGCACACGUGUGUAAGCGCAUAUGCCACUCGGGGGCUUGUGGUAAUUGUCCUUUAAGUUUACCACGGUCUUGUCCAUGUGGUAAAACCCAAAAAAUCGUACCCUGUAUCGAAACCAUUGAUCCUUGUGGUGAUACUUGUCAAAAACUAUUAUCGUGUGGACUGCAUACUUGCACGCAACGAUGUCAUCGUGGCGAAUGUAACUUGUGUUUAAUAAUAACAAAAAAGAAAUGCCGCUGUGGCAUACAUGAAAAGGAAUUGCCGUGCUGGAAAAUAUUUACAUGUGAAACCAAAUGCAAGCAAAUGAGAGAUUGUGGCAAACACACUUGUAACAAAAAGUGUUGUGAUGGCCGCAGCUGUCAACAAUGUGAUAAAAUAUGUGGAAAACCACUCACUUGUCAAAAACACAAGUGCCAUUCGGUUUGUCAUGAAGGACCAUGUUAUCCUUGUAAUCAGCAAUCACAAGUAAAUUGUCGAUGUGGAAAAACAUCAAAACGUGUCCCUUGUGGACGUGAACGUACAGCCCGCGUUAUGUGCAUGGAAUUAUGCCGUAUUCCUUCAAAAUGUCACCAUCCAAUCAAACAUCGCUGUCACAAAAACGAAUGUCCACCUUGUAAUCAAAAAUGUGGACUGGUAAAUGACACCACUGGGUGUCUGCAUAUUUGCGAAGCUAAGUGUCAUGCCGCAGUUAAAGUUGUCAAACAAAAUCCGCUUAAUGGCGGUGCAAAUGUGUGGCAUCAAAGCAAACAGUUUGAAUUCAAAAAGCAGCCGCAUCCGCCAUGUGAACAAUUGGUGGAAGUCACGUGUAUUGGUGGUCAUGAAAUAGCUGAAUGGCCUUGUUGGAAUUCUAAACCUACAUCCUGUCAACGCAAAUGUAAUCGAGCAUUGCGUUGUGGUAACCACAAAUGUGAGCUUAUAUGCCACGCCGUGACCGACUUGAAAGAUAUGAAGGAGCAACUCGGCUGCGCCCGAUGCCAAGAGGGUUGCAAUGUAUCCCGUCCAGCGGGUUGUGAGCAUGCUUGCCCUCGACCUUGUCACGCUCCGCCAUGUAAUCCAUGUGACAAAAUGAUCAAAACCAAAUGUUAUUGUGGUUUAACACAAUUAAUCUACAAGUGUUCCGAAUAUUUUCCAGUUGAAGGUGCCAAAGAGGAAAUCGCUUUAAUACAGGAACGCCUGAAGAGCUGCGGAAACCGUUGCCUCAAAACUUUUUUAUGCGGUCAUCGCUGUCAUACACCUUGUCAUCCGGGGAAGUGUCCAAACCCGGAAUUGUGUCGCAAAAAAAUGCGCAUAUUUUGCGAAUGCAAACGUUUGAAAGCAGAAAUCGCCUGUGAUAAACAUCGUGCUGGUCAAACAUCUAUACCUUGUGAUGAAUUUUGCAUUGAGACACGUAUAAAGUUGGCAGAACAGUUGAAACGGGAACAAGAAAAAUUACGCCAACAAGAAGAGGCGAAAAAUCGUGCAGAAGUUGAACAAUUUGAAAAGAGAUUUAGCAAACGAAAAUACAAAGAACGUAAGGUCGUCGUAGAAAAACCAAAUAGGCAGAUAAAUUGGAAGAUAUUAAGCAUUUAUGGUGGUAUUAUACUAGCAAUCGUUUUAGCUAUUGCUGUAGCUUUCUAUGCCGAUAGUUAAUAAGUGCAUUACACUUGUAUAUACACUAAUCAAGUUUUAUAUUUACCAAAAUAGCAUACUUAAGAAAUAAAAAA